AUGGCGCAACUGUCCCUGUUUCCUUCUUACACGAACGCAGCAGCCACUGCACUCAUCCUACAGAGUCGCAGCUGUCCCUGGUUCCCCCUCAUACGAACGCAGCAGCCGCUGCACUCAACCCACAUAGUCGCAGCUGUCCCUGCAGCUGCUGCACUCAACCCACAUAGACGCAGCUGUCCCUGGUCCCCUAACACGAACGCAGCAGCCGCUGCACUCAUCCCACAGAGUCGCAGCUGUCCCUGGUACCCCCUUACACGAACGCAGCAGUCGCUGCACUCAACCCACAUAGUCGCAGCUGUCCCUUGUUCCCCCCUCACACGCACGCAGCAGCCGCUGCACUCAUCCCACAGAGUCGCAGCUGUCCCUGGUUCCUCCUUACACGAACGCAGCAGCGGCUGCACUCAUCCCACAGAGUCGCAGCUGUCCCUGGUACCCCCCCCUGACACGAACGCAACAGUCGCUGCACUCAUCCCACAAAAGUCGCAGCUGUACCUGGUUCCCCCUUACACGAACGCAGCAGCCGCUGCACUCAACCCACAUAGUCGCAGCUGUCCCUGGUCCCCCUCACACGAACGCAGCAGCCGCUGCACUCAUCCUACAGAGUCGCAGCUGUACCUGGUUCCCCCUCACACGAACGCAGCAGCCGCUGCACUCAACCCACAUAGUCGCAGCUGUCCCUGGUUCCCACUUACACGAACGCAGCAGCCGCUGCACUCAAGCCACAUAGUCGCAGCUUCGCAGCUGUCCCUGGUCCCCUCACACGAACGCAGCAGCCGCUGCACUCAUCCUACAGAGUCGCAGCUGUACCUGGUUCCCCCUCACACGAACGCAGCAGCCGCUGCACUCAACCCACAUAGUCGCAGCUGUCCCUGGUUCCCCUUACACGAACGCAGCAGCCUGGUUCUUUGCACGAACAGCAGCCGCUGCCACAUAGUCGCAGCACGAACGCAGCAGCCGCUGCACUCAACCCACAUAGUCGCAGCUGUUCCUGGUUCCCCUCACGAACGCAGCAGCCGCCCUGCACUCAACCCACAUAGUCGCAGCUGUACCUGGUUCCCCCCUCACACGAACGCAGCAGCCGCUGCACUCAACCCACAUAGUCGCAGCUGUCCCUGGUUCCCCUCACACGAACGCAGCAGCCGCUGCACUUCAACCCACAUAGUCGCAGCUGUCCCUGCAGCCGCUGCACUCAACCCACAUAGUCGCAGCUGUACCUGGUUCCCGAACGCUCACACGAACGCAGCAGCCGCUGCACUCAACCCACAUAGUCGCAGCUGUCCCUGGUCCCCCCCACACGAACGCAGCAGCCGCUGCACUCAUCCCAGAGUCGCAGCUGUACCUGGUUCCCCCCCUCACACGAACGCAGCAGCCGCUGCACUCAACCCACAUAGUCGCAGCUGUCCCUGGUUCCCACUUUCACGAACGCAGCAGCCGCUGCACUCAAGCCACAUAGUCGCAGCUGUCCCUGGUUCCCCCUCACACGAACGCAGCAGCCGCUGCACUCAACCCACAUAG